AUGACCGUCACCACCUGCCUGGCAGGAGAUGCACCGAAAGGCACCAGACUGACCUUUGAGACCUCUGGUAAGCUGAAAGGCACUAGCAUGGUGGCCACGCAAAAGGGUACCACCGUGUCCGUGGAGAAGCUCUUUCACAACCUUCCUGUACGGCGGCGAGAACUCGAGAGAAAUAUAAAAAGGGAAUGGCACAAGGUUAUCUCCCUGCUCAACCAGUACGCCUGUAUCAAGACGGAUACCAAGUUCUCCGUCUCGCAGCAGCCCACAAAGGGAAAGCGCAUCAUCCUCUUCUCGACCAAGGGAAACCCGACAACGCGUGACAAUAUCAUCAAUAUAUUUGGUUCCAAAACCAUGUCAGCCCUCAUCCCUCUGGAUAUGCAGAUGGAAAUGCAACCCUCGACCCUGAGCUCGGCACUUCAAUCUACCGUCGACACUACAAAAAUCUCAAAGGACGUCCGAAUCGUCGGUCACGUCUCGCGGCCUGCCCAUGGCGAUGGGCGUCAGACGCCAGACCGCCAAAUGUUCUUCAUCAAUGGGCGACCUUGUGGACUCCCUCAGUUUGCUAAGACCUUCAAUGAAGUCUACAAGUCGUAUAAUUCCACCCAAUCACCCUUCAUCUUUGCCAAUAUCCAGCUCGACACCCACAUGUACGACGUCAAUGUCAGCCCCGACAAACGCACCAUCCUUCUACAUGACCAGAACCAGCUGUUGGAUAGCCUUCGCAGUUCUUUGGUUCAACUCUUCGACUCCCAUGACUAUUCCCUUUCUUCUACCCAGCCCACACGUCCCAAGCAAGCUUCUGCGUUUGGAAGCCAGCCAUGGCCGCCUACAGCAGGAACCCCGGUCAUGUCCAAGACGGUUGAUAAAGUGAACGAGCACGAAAUGUCUCCAGAUCCAUCUCCGGAUAGGACAUCCCAACCUGACAGCUCUUCAACAGCGAAGCACAGAAUCCCGACAUUGGCAUCCCGAGCGCAGUCCUCGCCCAGUGCGAUGGUUGGUGCGAACCAAGCCAGCAACCUCUUGAGCCGAUGGCUGGAUAGAAACGGAGCGGUUGAGAAGUCUACCACUUCAAACCCAGACGCACGCCAGGACCAAGGAUCAAGUCCUGGCUCUCACUCGGGAGGUGAAAGCGAGUCGGCCAAAGGUGCUUACAUGGAAGAACAAGAAAGUGGUUCUGAAGAGGAAGAGGAAGGGAACAGCAGAGAUGACAUUGAGUAUGACAGUGGGAACGACAGCGAAAACGGCAGUGAAAUCUCUGAGGAAGAGGAAGAUGAAGAUGAACACGAGGAGGGUGGUGAAGAUGUGGAUGCAUCCAAGGGUCGACCAUCGAACACAGGAAAACCAUCGUUUGGCUCUACUCUAUCCCAAAGGUUCGCCGCAUGGGAAGCGGGUAUCAAUUUCCCUGCACAAACGCCGAAGACGAAAGCCAGAAUUCAAAUCGGCAAGCUGGAUACCAGCGAUGGCGAUGAAACCCCACAGUCAUCUUUGAAGGAUACAGCUGCGCAAUCUGAAGCAGAAUCUAAUUCGGAGUACGAGGAGCCGCCUUCUGAUGCUGAGUUGGACGCCGGCAGUGAUCACGGGGAACAAACAGAAGAUGGAGCUCAUGUUCAUCCGGUCGGCGAAAGCAGUCAAGUUGCAACUGGCAUGAACCAGUCCGAGGCUAUCAAGCCCGAGAUUGCAAACGCACGACCAAAGGUACUGGAUUGGGGGUCACGGCAGAAGAAUUCCACUCUACAGAUGGUCCAAACGCUCAAUCUGGAUGAAGAUGCAGUUCAUUGUAGAAUGAACUCCUGGCUAAAAAGCCAACGCCCUCGGAUCCUUGAGACAGCUGAUGAAGUUAAAGUGGAGGACAUCACGGCUGCAGACGCAGAAUCUAAGCUGUCGCUCAUCAUCUCCAAAUCAGACUUUUCCGAUAUGCGAGUGGUCGGCCAGUUCAAUCUGGGAUUCAUCAUAGCUGUUAGACCAGGUCAAAUUGGCAACGAUGGUACUGGUGGUGGAGCGAAAUACGAUGAGCUCUUCAUUAUCGAUCAGCACGCUUCAGAUGAAAAGUACAACUUUGAGAGGCUCCAGGACGGCACUGUGGUCCAGUCCCAACGCCUCGUGCGCCCGAAGCGGCUAGAGCUGACGGCCCUAGAGGAAGAAAUUCUGAUGCAGAGCAUUGAGGCCAUUGAAGCAAAUGGGUUCAAGGUUGAGGUGGAUACAUAUGGCGAGUGGCCCGUCGGGUCGCGCUGCCUGCUUACAGCCCUGCCCUUGAGUCGCGAAACAACUUUCAACAUUGCAGACCUCGAGGAACUCAUCUCGCUCCUUGGGGACGAGUCAUCCGAAUCUAAGCACAUACCUCGACCGUCCAAGGUCAGAAAGAUGUUUGCCAUGAGAGCUUGUCGGAGCAGUGUCAUGAUUGGCAAGCCCUUGACCAGAAACCAGAUGUUCAACCUGGUGGGGCAUAUGGGUGAACUGGACAAGCCUUGGAACUGUCCGCAUGGCCGCCCUACAAUGCGGCAUCUAUGUCGAAUUCAGACGUGGGAUGAGAAGGGCUGGGCUGAUGAUUCCGAUUCUGUGCCAUUAGCCUCAUGGGCAUCCUACUAA